AUGGGUGCCACCAGUCCCGCUCUGUCGGCCCUGUCUGGCCCGACCUAUGUCACAGCCCAGACCCUGAUUCAACAGGUCGCCUAUCUGUUGAGUGACAAGGUCUUCUCCUAUUCUCCGGAUUCUUUUGAUCUCGAUGCUGCCCUCCGUCAAUGGUCUGCCGCUCAAGAGACUAACGCCAAUGGCGAAUCUCCCGCCGUCAACGUCAUGGAGACUCGUCAAGGUGCCGGAAAUAUCGCCCUGGGCUACCUCUUCUCUCAGGACUUUGAUCUGAAGAAGCGCCAUGUUCCUCAGGGUAUUGUGGCUUCCUCGGCCACCCUUCCCUUCAUGCGCAAUGCUCUAGAGCAAUUGUCUCUCCUCUACUCCGUCGCCAGCCCUGUUGCCGCCCACGUCGCCGCUGUCGAUUAUGCUGGCGAGGAGGGUCUCGUUUCCGACUAUGCUUCGGCCCUCUCUCUGGCUGAGGACCUCGGACUGGGUCUCGUUUCAAGUGGCUCGGCUCACGAGUCUCAGCACAUGGCUCUGCUCACCACUCUGCUCUCCUCUGUCUUGCCUUCCAUCCACAUCUAUGAUGGUGUCCGCGUUGGCCAUGAGACCACUCGCGUCAUUGACGUGCUGGACAAGGAUGGUCUGAACCGUACCUAUGAGAACAUCCGUAAGACCCUGGAGGAUUCCCGCAACCGUCAUCUCGAUGCCCAGGGCAAGCUGCUUGACCUGCUUAAGGCACUGAACGGUGAGCUUGGAACCGAUUACAGUGCUUUCGAGUACCAUGGCCAUGCUGAGCCUACUUCUGUCCUUGUCGUCUUCGGUACCAUCGAGGCUACUCUGGCUGCCCAGGUUGCCCGUUCUCUGGCCAAGGAUGGCGUUCACAUUGGUGUCGUCAAUGUCCGCGUCUACCGUCCUUUCGUCGAGGAGGAGUUCCUGCGUGUCCUGCCCAAGUCCGUCAAGACCGUUGGCAUUCUGGGCCAGGUUGCCAAUGACCAGGCUGUUCAGGAGGAGGGUGUUCACUCUUCUCUCUACGAGGAUGUGCUUGCUGCUCUGACCUUCGCCACCGACCGUGAGCAGGCUCCCGCUUGUGUCGAGAUCAAGUACCCUCGCUCUCAGAGCUGGGAUCUCAUUUCCACUGCUGCUGCCUUCCAGCGCAUCUUCGAGAAGCCCAUUCUCCCAAUCAACAGCUCCACCAACGAGGCCGCUCCUCUGCAGCUGCUUGACCCCGCUACUGUUCAGGAGUACACCUUCUGGGAUGUUGACAACUCUGUCUCAGCUGAUGCUGCCGGUGUUCUCAGUGAGGCUCUUGCCGCUGAUUCGGCAAGCAACGUCACUACCAGCAAAGUUCACGACAACCUUGUCCAGGGUGGUGCCGUCCGCAUCGACAUCCGCAAGAGUGCUAAGAUCCUGGAUGCUCCCUACGCUGUCACUUCUGCCGAUGUGUCCUACAUUGGAAACAUCGCCCUCCUGAAGGACGUUGAUGUUCUUGCAUCGGUCAAGGACAACGCUAAGGUCAUCAUCAGCGCCCCUGGUGUUAAGGACGAGGACCUGGAGAAGAAGCUGCCCGCUACCUUCAGACAGGCUGUCGCCCAGCGUGGAAUCUCUGUCUUCAUUGUCGACCCUACUGCUCUUGAAGAUGCUUCCCUCGAGGCCUUGAUCCUGCAGGCUUCCUUCAUUCGCGUCGCUCUGCCUGCCCAGGAGGGUGUCGCCACCAAGAAGCUGUCUGCCAUCUCUGGCAACGGCGAGGCUCUCGAGAACGUAGUCAAGGACCUCGAGAAGGUGCUCCGCCAGAUCGAGACCCCCGAAGCCUGGAAGGAGCCCGAGGGUGUCAGCGAGGCUCUUCAGCUCCCCAAGGACAUCUCCGCCAACAGCUUUGUUCCAUUUGACAAGGACGAGUCUGAGCCUCCCACCCUUCUCAAGGACUGGGAGACUGCUGCUCGUGGCCUGGCUUUCAAGGAGGCUUUCGGUACCCGCGAUGCUCUCCGCCCCGACUUGGCCGCCAAGACCUUCACCGUCCACGUCCAGGAGAACCGCCGUCUCACCCCUGCCACCUAUGACCGUAACAUCUUCCACAUUGAGUUCGAUCUUGGUGACUCUGGUCUCAAGUACGACAUUGGCGAGGCUCUUGGUAUCCACGCUGAGAACGACCCCGUCGAUGUUUCCAAGUUCAUUGAGUUUUACGGCCUGAACCCGGAUGCCGUCGUCGAGGUUCCCAGCCGCGAGGACCCCGCUGUCCUGGAGAACCGUACCGUCUAUCAGGCUCUCGUCCAGAAUGUCGACAUCUUCGGUCGCCCUCCCAAGCGCUUCUACGAGGCUCUCGCCGAGUUUGCCUCGGACGACAAGGAGAAGCUCGACCUUCUCACUCUGGGUGGUCCCGACGGUGCCGUCGAGUUCAAGCGCCGUGCUGAGGUCGACACCAUCACCUUCGCCGAUAUCCUGCUUGAGUACCCCUCGGCCCACCCCGAUUUCCACGAGAUCGUCCGCAUCAUCGGCCCUCUGAAGCGCCGCGAGUACUCCAUCGCCUCGUGCCAGAAGGUGACCCCCAACUCCGUUGCUCUGAUGAUUGUCGCCGUCACCUGGACCGAUCCCAACGGCCGCGACCGUUUCGGACAGGCUACCCGCUACCUCAGCAGCCUGAAGGUUGGCUCGCCCAUCACCGUCAGCGUCAAGUCCAGUCCCCUCAUCAUGGCCGGUCUGGGUACUGGUCUUGCCCCCUUCCGCGCCUUCGUCCAGCACCGCGCCCUCGAGAAGGCCCAGGGCAAGGAGAUCGGUUCCGUCCUCCUGUACAUGGGCUCUCGUCACCAGCGCGAGGAGUACUGCUACGGAGAGGAAUGGGAGGCGUACCAGGCCGCCGGUGUCAUCACUCUCCUUGGCGCCGCCUUCUCCCGUGACCAGCCCGAGAAGAUCUAUAUUCAGGACCGCAUGCGCCAGUCCCUGCCCGAGAUCGUCCAGGCCUACAUCCGCGAGGAAGGUGCUUUCUACCUUUGCGGUCCUACCUGGCCCGUUCCUGAUGUCACUGCUGUUCUGGAGGAGGCUAUUGCCACCGAGGCCAAGGCCAACGGCAAGAAGGUCGAUACUCGCAAGGAGAUUGAGAAGCUUAAGGAUGAGGAGCGCUACGUCCUGGAGGUUUACUAG